CACACACACACACAGUUAAGCAGCUAGCGAACAUGGCCACAACGAUGAACGUAUUCUCUACAAAAUGGUCCUCUGAAAUGGAUACAGAGGAGUAUAGCAUCAUCCACCAAUCCCACAUGAACUCAUUCUUAGGAGAUUUCCCACAAUCUCUCUCUCUUGAUGAUACUACCACUUCUUACAACUUUGAUGCUUCUUGUGAUGAUGAUUUGGUCGAAGAGAAACCUUCUAAGAUCCUCAAGACCACUCAAGUAUUACCAAAGUUACAUCCAUAUCCUUCUUACAAUCCUCCUCCACAAUCUCAGCCAUCUUCUAGAAUUCUUUCUUUCGAAAAGACGGGAUUGAAAGUAAUGAAUCACAACUCUCCAAACUUAAUAUUUAGCCCCAAGCAAGAAGCUGGAUCACCAGAUCUGAUAGCAAGAGGGACAAAGAGGGCUCAACCCUUAGCUCGAAGCCAUUCAAAUGCUCAAGAUCACAUACUCGCCGAGAGAAAACGGAGAGAAAAACUUACUCAAAGAUUCGUAGCUCUUUCCGCCCUGAUUCCUGGUCUAAAGAAGAUGGACAAGGCUUCAGUGUUGGGAGAUGCAAUAAAGCAUAUAAAGUACCUCCAAGAGAGUGUGAAAGAGUAUGAAGAACAAAAGAAAGAAAGAACAAUGGAAUCAAUGGUUCUUGUGAAGAAAUCUCAGUUGGUUUUAUAUGAAAAUCAUCAAUUAUCAUCAUCUUCCUCAGAAGGAAAUCGUGACUGCUCGAGCUCAAAUCUUCCUGAGAUGGAAGUUAAGGUUUCGGGAAAAGAUGUUCUUAUUAAGAUCCUAUGCGAGAAGCAAAAGAGUAAUCUGAUCAAGAUUAUGGCUGAGAUUGAGAGGCUUGGUUUGUCUAUCACCAACAGCAGUGUCUUGCCAUUUGGACCCACUUUCGACAUCUCCAUCAUCGCUCAGAAGACGAGCGAUUUUGAUAUGAAAGUUGAGGACGUUGUGAAGAGCUUGAGUUGUUGUUUAUCAUAGUUGAUGUGAUUGGUUCCAUAUUGCAUAUCUAUUCACAUUCCUCAACGAUUUCUUCGACCCAAUAAUCUAAAUUGAUUUUUCCAUGAAAGUGGUUUUUUAGUUGAUUGAUUUGUAUGAAGGUCCCUAAGUCAUUUGUAGAAACUUGUUCUUGUUGUUUAAAUGUUCUUAACACAUAUCAAUGUCAUCAAUGUGUGGUAGACAGAAUUUUU